CAGUGCCAGUCACUAAAUAUCUUUGCAGUGAUUGUAAACUAACAUUUUGCAGCGAUUUUUAAGACAGCCAACAUCAGAUGUUACGUGUGAUGGGGGAGUGGUUGUCAUAAAAAGUUUGAGGGCUGUCAUUCUGAUUGAAAAUGGGAUUGUUCGGGAAGACACCAGAAAAAAAUCCAAAGGAAUUGGUUAAUGAAUGGUCCCACAAAAUAAGAAAAGAAGGUUAUCAACUGGACCGUCAAAUAAGAGCGAUACAGAGGGAAGAAGAGAAAGUGAAGAGAUCGCUGAAAGAAGCAGCAAAGAAGGGAGACAAGAGUGUUUGCACGAUUUUAGCGAAAGAAAUCAUCAGAGCACGUAAAGCGGUGAACAAAAUACAUACAUCGAAGGCUCAUCUCAAUUCUAUACAGAUGCAAAUGAAAAAUCAAUUAGCCACACUCAGAGUUGCUGGUUCACUGCAGAAGUCAACAGAAGUCAUGCAGGCUAUACAGUCGUUAGUGCGGGUGCCAGAAGUAGCAGCAACAAUGAGGGAACUGUCAAGAGAAAUGAUGAAGGCUGGAAUUAUUGAAGAGAUGUUGGAAGAGACAAUGGAAGGACUCGAAGAUGAGGAAGAGCUUGAAGAAGAAGCCCAAGAAGAGGUUGAUAAGGUUCUGUGGGAGCUGACAGCAGGCACUCUGGGCAAAGCCCCAGCUGCCGUCACGGACUCCCUUCCUCCAGCAGCGUCCGUUGUUGCUGAAGCCUCAGCAGAUGCUGGUCUGCCACUGGAAGAUGAGGAUGAACUCGAGGACAUGCAGAGCAGGCUGCAGGCUCUCCGAAGUUAAUGUGAAGCUGCACUGUUUGUAUUCCUGUGACAUAUUUCUAGCAAUUCUGUUUUACUGACAUAUCUGGAGACAGCUGCCACAAAGUAUUAGUUUAUGUAAUUUGCUGUAAUUAACAAGAAGGCCAAGAAUACUGUUCUACUAAUGUACAAAAAUAUUUUUAAUAUUGCGAUAGUAUUUAAUGAUUUUGUACCUCAUUUCGUAGAUUUGUCAACAGUAUUUUUGAACGAAUUAGAGACAAUAAAAGGGAACACAUUUGAUUUGUUUGGUAUGUAAUGCAGUCUGUACAACUUGUGAAGGAUCAAUCAUGUUAACUGGCAAAAAAGUAAAUACAGCUCUUCGGAGUAAUAAUUCGAAAGCCCUGAAUAUUUUUCUGUUCUACACAAAACUUAAGGAUGAAAAUAUGAGUAUGUUUAGUCCAGACACCGUGCAAUGAAGUAUUACUCUGCAUUAAUUAUGUGCCACUUCUCUGUGGUAUGGUCGUAACAUCCAAUUUAGAUCAGUUAAAUGUGUUCAUUAUCCAGGUAUCUAACAAAAUGAUAUUCUGAAUGCUGUUUGAACCAGUUAAUCUUACUUGGAAAGAACAUUAAUGCAUCCGUGAAAGGAAAGUGAUACCUUUUGUCAGAUUUUAUUGUAUGCAUAUGGAAGAUUGUCAUUGUAACUAAGCCAUAAAAUUCAACGUCUAAUAGCCCCUGACUCUCAUCUGAGUGUAAAUUAGGGGCACAUAGUCCAGAAAUAAGAAGCCGAUCUUAAAGUGGCUCAUUGUACAUUCAACAGUCAAACCAGCAGCUGCAAGACUUCACUUUGUUUACGAUAGGUAAGCAGUAUUUACUGGUGAAACAUUCAAUUUUUUAAUCAAGGAUCUGAAAGAAGAGUGUAAUUAUGACAAAUGAGCUGAAUGUAUUAUGUGUACAUCAAACAGAUGUGUUUUGUAAAACACCAUUGCAAAGAACUAUAAAUUUGUUCUUUUCGUUAUGUCGUUCUGCCUGGUGGAGUGCCUUCAAACAUACAGGAAACCUUCUUCUUUAACAAUCCACAUAUUGUAAUUGUGCUUUGUAAUUGCAGAAUAAGUGUGUGUGUGUGUGUGUGUGUGUGUGUGUGUGUGUGUGUGUGUGAAUGAGUGAGAGAGAGAGUGUGUGUGUUAUUUAUGAAAUUAUUCUUUUACAGUUUGGAGAAAGCCUGACACUAUGUACAUAAUAGUGAGCUUAGAACCUAUUUAUAUGCAGCUUUAAAAGUUUUGAUGAUGUAAAUAAUUUUUGAUUUAAUUCCUAAAUAAAAAUCAUUAAUCGCUUGUACUUAAAAAUAAACCACUCUGUUGUGCUUUUUAUAGUUUAUUUUCCUUGUUGAAUAAAGCACAUUUGUUCACUUAAA